UGUGCCCGGCAGGGCUGUGCCCUCCAGUCCAGAUUCGCCUCUGCCCUCCCAGGUCUCCCGCUCCCCACCCCGGGCCUUGACCUCUCUCCUUUCGUCUGUCUCAGAGACACUGGAAGAGGCAGGCGACUCAGGCCCCGCUCCCGGCUUCCCCUCUCCAGUGCCCCCCACCAUGUCCUCUCCCACCAGCACACUGGAAAAGGGCCAUAUGGCCCGGAGGUUCCCAUUCCCACAACUGCUACUGCUGCUGCUGCUGCUCCCAGGCUCAUGGGCACUAUCAAAGGCCCAGGAACUUCACCGUGUGGCAGGGCAGACGCUCUCUGUGAGGUGCCAGUAUCCGCCCAGGGGUGGCCCCUACCAGAGCAAAGGCUGGUGUAAGGAGGUGUCGAAGUUCACGUGCCUCAGGCUGGUCACCAGCUCCAGACCCCGCACGCUGACUCAGAUCUCUCAAUCCUCAAUCUGGGACGACCCUGCUGCUGGCUUCUUCAUUGUCACCAUGACUGGUCUGAAGGAGCAAGACUCGGGACACUACUGGUGCAGAAUCUACCACACUUCCGGAAACUCUGUCGAUAGGUCCUUAAGGUUCUAUCUGGCGGUGUCUCCAGCCUCUGCCUCCAUGCAGGCCACCUGGGCUCCCCAUGACCUGGUCUCAUCACAGACCCAGAGCUGUGUGUCCCCGACUGGAAGAGCUGGAGAGACCCCUGGGGCUUCCUCUGCUAUCACUGCCCCUUCACGGCAACAAAACCCCACCCCCCACUCCAGCCCUGCAGCCCCCAGUGCCCUGGUGCCCCUGCUGUGUGGACUCCUCGUGGCCAAGAGCCUGGUGCUGUCAGCCCUGUUUGUCUGGUGGACCUUAAGGAAUCAACAUGUGCGGCACAGAGGGAGGUCUCUGACGUGCCCAGCUCGGCGCAGACCAGGCCCCUGGGCACUUCCUGCUGAGCCUCGGGACCCAAGAAGGACGGCCAGUCUCCCUGGAGUCCUCAGGAGCUCCUCCCUGACCUCUGAACUCUGCCUUUCCUGCGAAGAAAAGGCCAAAGCCUCCCAGAACUUAAGCCAGCGCCCUUGGCUACCUUCCUCACUCCAGUGCUGAGGAUUUCCCAGCUCCGCCCCCGUCCAGGUCCAGGCCCACUGCUGGCUCACACUGUGUUUGCCUCUGGGCCAGCACCGUCCAGACAUGGGAGCCAAAGCCCAGGACAGCACCUUUCCACCAAA